AUGGGAGCAUCUGAGGACCCUCAGCAUAUCAUAAAGGCCUAUUCAGAGGUCAUGCAAGAUAUUGAGAGAACCGAAAUAGAUAACGUCGCAGAGGAGAUUGAAAAGGUGUCCCGUGUCCGUCAGGAUGAGGAGGAAUGGAUCAAGGCACAGAAAAAGUAUCUCUGGAAGCUUGACUAUAUCCUUUUACCAGCCGUAACGAUUUUGUAUUUCUUUGAAUAUCUCAAUCGUGGCAACGUUGGAAAUGCUAAGCUCUAUGGCUGGGAUGCUGGACAUAAUUCUGAGAAAGAAGCGGUUGGUCUAGGGGCCAAGAGCCUUUCUUCCUCUGGAUUGCCUUUGGUGUAUGCGGAUGAGCCACUGCCAGUCUCCUCCGGUGCAUUAGAAGACCUAUUCGGUAUGAGAAUUGUCUACUAUCUUUCGCUAUGGUAUCAUCGAACCGAACUGGGCAUGCGCGUGUCUUGGUUUCUAGGACCAACCUCCAUCGCAGGUGCCAUUGGAGGACUAAUUGCCUAUGGCAUCGGUCGGAUCAGGAGCGAUACACCAGCCUGGAAGUGGCUUUUCUCAUUGAAGCCCUGCCUGUUUUUUGGUUGGGAUUAUUCUGUCGGUACUGGAUGCCAGACCGCCCAAAUAAGAACUCACGCUUCUCCAGCACAGUUACCGACUGGCGGCUGGAUGCGCAAGCUGCGAUUAUCUCCCGACGGCGCAAUGAUUUCUUCAAUCUCGGGAUUUCUCCAAACAAUUAUUCGUAAUCUUGGAUACACAGAAGCGACCAAGGCAAAUCCCAUGACGGCGCCCCCCUAUGCAAGCGCUUUCAUCCUCAUGUUUCUCGCAUCUUACUCCUCUGACCACUUCUGCAACCGAGGCAGACAUGUCACGAUACUCAUGUCCAUUUCCACUAUCAUUUCCACUAUCGCAUACGCUCUCUUCGCCACACUUCCUGAGGCCAAUCUCCAUGGCAAGUAUGCCUGUGUGUGUAUUGCAGUCGCGUGCGUCUACGCCACCUAUCCACCAACACAGGCCUGGGUCGCGAACAAUUUCGGAAACGAGACAAAACGGCCAAUCAGUAUGGGUCUGUAUACUGCACUCGGCAACCUGGGCUUAAGAAGGGGAAUUUCAUUUACAUGGGGCUUGUCGAUUGCUACGGCUGUUCUUGCGCUGGCGAGCCACAUGCUCUUGGAGGCUAUUGACAAACGGCGUGAUAAGAAGUAUCGCAGGCCAGUUCCGGGGCAGUCGUUAGAUGUAUCCGAGUUUGCGGACAGCGCACCGAUGUUUCGGUUUAUCACUUAA